AUGCCCGCGCCGCCUCCACCACCUCCCCCUCCGCCGCCGCCAGGCGCUGCUGGUGGUCCCCCUCCUCCACCGCCGCCUCCGCCAGGCGGAUUGGCGAAGAAGCCCGCAGGCGGUGGUCAGAGCAGAGGAGCACUGCUUGGUGAUAUCCGGUUGGCAAAGUUCUCGAUGGCCCCGCCGGCCCCCCAAUGGGCGCACCGCCUGUUCCCGGCGGCGCACCGAAGCCCCCCGGUGGACUUGCACCGCCCGUUCCAGGCGGCAACCGAAUCCGGAGACGACGCGUUCGCGGACAGCACCAAGACCUCCCACUGGCGCAGCACCACCUCCUCCAUCAGCCCCCAGACCUCCUGGAGGUGCUCCACCGCCGCCUCCGCCGAACGUAGCAGCGCUCAAGAACUCUCUGCGGCCUUCGUCGUCACACGGCGCACUUGGCGGAAAACCAAAGCCACCGCCGCCUGUAGGCAAGAAGCCACCUGUUCCUCCACCAGCAUCACGGAAGCCUUCGACUCCCGCACCACCACCUCCUGCCUCGUCGGCACCCGCGCCUCCGUCCGCACCACCUCCACCUCCAGCCUCCGCUCCGCGACCGCCUUCCCGCGCUACACCACCGCCUCCGCCCGGUCCACCCCCACCACCAACCAAUGGCCACACGCCUUCUUUGGCUGA